GGUAUCUGUCAACACACUUUCGAUGGUUUCAAUGUGAUUUGUCAUUCUGUCACACCACAGAUGGCGUUGAAGAAAGUUAAAGGGACACUCGAAAGAGUGCUUGACAAAAAUCUUCAAGAUUUGGUCCGUGGAAUAAGAAAUCAUAAGGAUUCAGAGAGUAAAUACAUAGCAGAAUGUUUGGACGAGAUCAAACAAGAAUUAAGGACAGAGAAUAUGGCAGUGAAGGCCAACGCAGUAAACAAGCUGACAUAUCUCCAGAUGUGUGGGUAUGACAUCAGCUGGUCUGCCUUUAACAUCAUCGAGGUGAUGAGCUCCACUAAGUUCACAUUUAAGAGGAUUGGUUACCUAGCUGCUGGACAGAGUUUCCAUGAGGGUACAGAUGUACUAAUGUUGACCACCAACAUGAUCCGUAAGGAUCUGAUCAGUACCAACAUGUAUGAUGCUGGAGUAGCACUUAAUGGCCUGGCAUGUUUUGUAUCUGCUGACUUAGCCAGAGACCUCGCCAAUGACCUCAUGACCUUGAUGACAUCAACCAAGCCAUACCUGAGGAAAAAGGCUGUACUGAUCAUGUAUAAAGUGUUCCUUCAGUUCCCAGAGGCCCUCAGACCAGCCUUCCCUCGACUCAAGGAGAAGUUAGAGGAUCCAGACCCGGGUGUUCAGUCGGCAGCUGUAAAUGUGAUCUGUGAGCUAGCAAGAAAAAACCCAAAGAAUUAUCUGUCUCUAGCUCCUCUCUUCUUCAAGUUGAUGACCAGCUCCACAAACAACUGGGUCCUCAUCAAAAUCAUCAAACUGUUCAGUGCUCUGACCCCAUUGGAACCUCGGCUUGGAAAGAAACUGAUAGAGCCCCUUACCAACCUUAUACACAGCACAUCGGCCAUGUCACUUCUGUAUGAGUGUAUCAACACUGUGAUUGCGGUCGUAAAUACUAAAGUACUCAUUUCUAUAUCUUCAGGCAUCCCGAACCACACCGCCUCAAUACAGCUUUGUGUUCAGAAACUUAGAAUUUUGAUUGAAGAUUCCGACCAGAAUUUGAAGUAUCUUGGACUACUAGCUAUGUCUCGAAUCUUGGCCAGUCACCCUAAGAGUGUACAGUCCCACAAGGAUCUUGUGUUACAGUGUCUGGACGACAAAGAUGAAUCAAUCCGACUACGAGCCUUAGAUUUGCUGUAUGGUAUGGUGUCCAAGAAGAAUUUGAUGGAGAUUGCAAAGAAGUUGAUGAUCCACAUGGACAAGGCUGAGGGCACGCAUUACAGGGAUGAACUACUCGCUAAGAUCAUCGAGAUCUCCAGCCAAUCGAACUACCAGUACAUCACCAACUUUGAGUGGUAUGUUAGUGUACUUGUGGAACUGACACGCAUGGAAGGUACUCGUCACGGUCGACUGAUAGCAUCACAGAUGUUGGAUGUAGCUAUUCGUGUACAAGCAAUUCGUCCAUUUGCAGUGUCCCAGAUGGCUGUUUUAUUAGAGAACUCCCAUUUAUUGGCCAACAACUCCCAGAGGAAUGGUAUUUGUGAGGUUUUAUAUGCUGCAGCCUGGAUAUGUGGCGAAUUCUCCGACCACCUUAAGGACCCACGGGUAACUCUGGAGGCCAUGCUGAAACCAAAGAUCACCGCCCUGCCUGGCCAUAUUCAGAGUGUGUAUGUACAGAACAUCAUCAAGUUGUUUGCCAAUGUUCUGCUUGCUGCUGAACAGGAAGACAAUCAGGAACUUAUGCGUGAAAUGGGACAGCUCAUGGUGGAGAAACUUCCUAUGUUUGUGCAGAGCUCUGACCUUGAAGUCCAGGAAAGGGCAUGCUGUGUGCUGCAGCUGGUGAAGUAUGUGCUCAAGUUGAUGGACAAGGGUGCUAAGGUGGGAGAGGAAGUGGCUGCCCUGUUUGCUGGUGAUCUCAACCCAGUAGCACCUAAGGCUCAGCGCAAGGUGCCGGUACCGGAAGGACUCGACCUUGAUAAAUGGAUAAAUGAGCCUCCCUCAGACAGCUCCGAUGAGGAAGUGGGUGGAGUGUCCAUCUUCAGCCUCGGCCGUGAAGAACACAGACCAUUCUAUCAGACAGAGGAAGCCAAGCCAGUGUAUGAACCUACAGAAGAAGAAUUGGAAAAGCGACGAUCACAACGGAAGAUUGACCAGAUGCACAAUCCUCAUUAUCUCAAGGCAGAUGAUAAAUCAAUGAGAAAAAGAAGUAAUGACCUUACGAAGGUGGAUGACAUUCCUGUAGCCCAUAUAGAUAUAUCUGUUCCCCUCCAUGUACCAGGCUUGUCUUCCUCAGACCAAUACAUGAACUUGUCCAAAAAAGAGAAGGAGAGGGGGAAGAAGGGACGGAAAGGAAAACACAAACGUAAGAAGGGCCGUGAAGACGAGGACUCUGACGAUGAUAUUCCCACUACACAUCAAGUCAGUACUGUGGUGGAUCUUCCUGAGGGUGCCAGUGUAUCUGACAAUGAGGAUAACAAGAACUCAAAUGAACUGUACAGAAAACUCGACAUCAACUUGGAUGAGCCCUUACGGGAUGAUGAGGUGAUUCCAGUGCGACAACACCAUAUUGUUCUGGGAUCACCCAACAAUAUAGACGACGAGGUGGAAGAGCAACCACGGCGUAAACACAGAAAGGCUAAGGACAAAGACAAGGAGGAUAAGAAAAAGCAUCGAAAGGAAGGAAAAGAAAAGAAAGGCAAGAAGCGUGAUAAAAAGCGGUCUGAAGCCACAGACUCAGUAUCUAAUUUGUUGCUGGAGACAGACACACAAAGUGGGCCUGAAGUGGAGGUGGUCACCAAUGGCCCAACCACAGUGGACACACCGCCAGAAAACAAUGUCCAAUCAGGGAAGGAAGAUGACAUAGACUUUUGGCUAUCGAGUAACGGAGCUACUCCAUCACCUACAAACCCAACAGUUGUGGUAGAAAACAUGGAUGUAGAUGCUGUAGGCUCCAGCGAUGAAGACGGAGAUAAAAAGAAGAUAAAGAAAAAGAAAGAAAAGAAGGCUAAGAAGGACAAGAAAGAUAAAAAAGACAAAAAGAAGAGACUGCGAGCUGAGUAUGAAGAGGCAGACGGAAUAACUACUCCUUCAAAAGAACAGUUACCCCCUGGAGAGGCAGAAACACCACUGAACAAUAAAAUGCCACCAAUGUCGGGGUACAAACAUUUGGCUGAAAAUGGGACAGUACAAAUGACGUACGAGACAAGAGUGAACCCCACGCGGACAGACCAAGUGGUCAUAUCGGUUGUGUUUGUGAACCUUACAGAUAACCAACUCAAAGACCUCGAGUUUAAUGUCAUGGACACACUUAACACUAAAUUAAUUAGAGCGAUGGGAAGCAGUCAUCACGAUGCGGUCAAAGUCCCCUUCGUUCUCCUACCUAAGUCCCAGAAUGAGGGCCAGUUUGCCUUCACUGUACAAAGUAUCAACGUACCGCAGAAACUGAAAGGAACACUUACCUAUAUACUUAAGACUGAUGAUGGUUCUACCCAUGAUAAAGUGGAUUUCAAAGUAGAGUUACCAUGUUGUGCUUUUCUGACCAAUGUACCUUGUAGUGGAGAUGAUUUUGCUUCACUUUUAUCAAGUGGAGAUUUAAAUGCCAAAUCUUCUCUCUCUGUAACACCUUCAGACACACAGUUUCAUCAUAUAUUAGCCAAAAUCUGCUUUUAUCAACAUUUUACAGUCGUAGAACAAGUAUCCAGUAGUGCUUCUCUGUACAGUCGAUCAAUACAAGGCCACCAUGUAUGUCUUCUAGUCAAAAAGAAUAAUGGUGAAUUGAAAGUGGACGGGAAAUGUUCGGACAGCAGCCUAAUUUCUAGUAUUGUACAAGAUAUCCAGAGUACACUGGUCUAGCAGCCAUGGAGUAGCGCCACAAAUUUCAAUCUCCAGAGAUUACUGUUAAUUCUCUUGUAAUAAUCACCAACAGCAUAUUCUAUAUAGUCUUCAUCCUUUCAUGAUCAUGAUAUCGGAGUCCAAACAUUUUCCUUAUAAUUUCCCCUCCUAGUCUGUGAUAUUGCCCUCUGGGACUGUUUAUACAGAAGAGGCUAUAUUUGACUGAAGCAACACAAUCUCACUGGAUUCACAGUGAACUUCUAUUAUCAGUUAAUUGCAUCUUAGCCUCUGUAUCAAAAAUUUGAUACAAUGUGCAUUGGAACUGCUUAUUUUUAAUAAUUACAUAACAAAACAUAGAUGGAAAAGACUGAUCAUGAUUUUUACUACCCUCCAGCCAAUGUGAGAAUCACAGACAAUUUGACUAGAGUAUCAAAGAAAUAAACGUCAUUUGAUGCAACAAAAUAUUCUUUUUUGAGAUUGGAAAAAAUAUUGUAGUAGUUUUAUUAAAAGUGUUCAACUCUUACUAUGAUAAUUAACAUUGAGUAGUUUUCUGAUAGAUAAAAUAAAUAAAUUUCUAGAGCUGAAGGGUUUAUAUAAAGAGUAUCUCGAUAUUUCUGGGAUUCUUUUGAGUUUUUAAUUUAUUUUAGUGAACUGAAUCUUGAGAUAAUCUUAUUUUUUCAUUUUUGAUAGCAAAGAUUUGACAUAAUAUCAACUGCUCUACUGAGAACUAUUGUUUUAUUUCGUAAUUAUUGGAAAGUUCUUUCAAUGAAGUUUAUUUUUAGAUCAUAAAAGAGUAGUUUCUGAGAAGAUUAUUGUCAAAGCUUGUAUGCAACAGUAUUUCAACUUUGUCAGAAUGUUUUGAUACAGUUGGUAUUCUGAUAUUUAUGUACAUGGGUGCAAUAAUUUCACUGGGUAUUGACUGUCAGAUCUAGAUAAUUUCUGACUGACGGUAUCAAAAUAACAAAUUCUCAAUAUAAGUGUUCAUUACCUAGUAUUACAACUUUGUUGACUCUCUGGUAGAAAAAUGCAAGAUUGAAAGUGAAAUUGAUGAGUGCAGAAAAGGUUGCAUUAUUAUAAAAAAUUAAUUAAAUAUUAGGACUGGCACAUAUUAUAAUAUAACAUACUGUUUGUUUAUUGUUUGCAGUAUUCAGAUGUAAAUACAAGGCGAUUCAUUUUGUAAAUUUCAUCUUACCAUUUCUCAGUCCUCCUGUUAUUUUCUUUAUGUUAAUUUUUUUUUUAGAAAAAAACAACUGCUCUCUGUUUCUGCUUAUCCCCAAAAUCCUGAAAAAGACAGAAUGUCUGAUCAUGGUGAUAGCUUGUAUUCUGAUCUUUAGUUUGUUAUAUUGUCACAAAUGACUUGUUUUGGGGAAGUUGGUUUUGUUGAGAUGUACUUGUCUCGCACUAUGUUGUUGUAAUUUUUACUGCUGUUUUGUCAUCCACUUUAAGGUAUCGCAUCAGUUCCUGAAUGAAGAAGCUGUGAUAUAAAAAUUCUGUAUAACAGUUUAUUUCGAUAUUUUUUGUCUUUAUUCUGAAGUUAUGUAUGCGUGACAUUUUUAGGUUAGUUUAUGGUUUAAAUAUAUAUCUGCUUUUAGCUUCACUGCAACACUAAAGACACAACUCGGCUGACCCUUUAUAGACUUUAGACCCUUGAAUAAGUGGAUAUUGGGUAUUUCUGAAUAUCUUAGAUUCCUUCAUAUUGUGCUUUCUCUCCAAAUCGGAGAAAGUGAAUCAUUCUAAAAAGUUAAAAAAAACAAACUUGCAUUAGAACGGACGGAGGUAUAGGUAUAUUACUAUAGCCAAGUUCUUGGUAUUAGAUAGCCCAGAGCACUUUGUUUUUUGGAUUGGCCUUUUUGAAGAAGUUGUAGUGACACUGUCUCUUGUCUGAGACUCCAUAUUUCUUUAAUCUUGUAUCAUAAACAAAUGGUUGAAUGUUGAUAAGUGUGUCGUUUUAGAAGUGAAAUUCUAAAUUAUGAAUGUGAAUGUUGUUAAUGUGUUACAGACACUUUGAUAUUUGUGUUUCAACAUUAGUUUUAAAAUAAAUUUGUACGUUGGAAGGCAAUUAUCUCAAUGGAAGUGUGCUCAGGACAUCCACUUUGAAUGGAAAUAUGUGAUUUGAAUGUUGAAUAUUAUGUGGAAAAAUUAUAUCCAAGUGUUAUAUUUGUAUCAAAUUCAUUUAAUUUUAAUAUGCAUGCUCCAAGUUCUGGUAGCACUCUGAAUUAAUUACACAUAACUCUACAGGAUUAGAGUUAGUUUUCAGAAAUUUUCUGGCUACUAGAAUAUAAAAUAAGCCUUGAUAUGAUGUGCUGCUUAAGGUUAAAAUUUCAGAUGUGUUUUGGUUGGAAAUAAACUCUCUGAAGUACAUUUGUAAGAUAAGCUCAGGUAAACAGUGCCACCAGAUACCUGCCAAUCCCAUCAUAUCCUGGCCGAGUGUCACAGAUACUGGCCAAAUAUCAACAGCUACCGGCCGAGUGUCACAGAUACUGGCCAAAUAUCACCAACUACUGGCCAAGUGUCACAGAUACUGGCCAAAUAUCACCAGCUACCGGCCGAGUGUCACAGAUACCGGCCAAGUGUUGCUAGAUACUGGUCAAGUGCCACCAGAUACUGGCCAGUGUCAUCAUAUCCUGGCCGAGUGUCAGAUACCAGCCAGUGCUACCAGUUACUGGCCAAAUGUCACUAGCUAUUGGCUAAGUGCCACCAGAUAUUGGUAGCUUGUCACCAGAUACUGGCUAAAUAUUGCUAGAUAUUGGUUGAAUGCUACCAGAUACGGUGUUGCAUAUCUUAGAGACAGUUGAAUUAAUAUUUUUUAAAUGUAACCCUUUAGGCAUAGAAAUAUAUGCCUGGAAAGUCUGCCUAUACUUAUCAGAAAGCACAUAAUUGUUGGGAAUAUGAGGGAAUCCCAGUUGCAACUGUUUUUCUAAAAUUCAUUGUAAGUUGGUUUGUGUGGUAAGUUAGGCAGGCUGAAAAGCACUUCCUUCCAAGUAGCAUAUGUAUUCAGAAUGUAUAAAUGGUGUAAAAAUUUAUUUUUCUGAAUAUCAGAGGUACAAUUUAUUAUACGGUCUGUGAUCACUGACCCAUCAGGUUGUAUAAAUUGUGUGUUGAGAUUUGCCAUGAUAGUAGUAAAUUAUGAUGAGAGAUUGUGUCAGUAGGUAUCAGCUUACAGAACGCUUGGACUUGAAUGUAAUAUCUACACAUCAUCUGUUAAGAUACAGCAGGAAUUCAUCUAAUUAAAUGCUGUGUACAUGAAUACAA